AUGUCCCGAUUCCUCGCCCGCUCGGGGGAUCGCUGUUUCCCCUUCUUCAAGGCACUGCAGAACCCGAAAGGCUUCCAAUGGACGACAGAAUGCGAGGAAGCCCUCCAGCAAGUAAAACAACACCUGGCCAACCUCCCUCGGCUCACCUCAGUCUCUCCCGGCGAAAAACUGAGCAUCUACCUGGCUGCCUCCCCGCACGCAGUAAGCUCCGUCCUGGUUAAAGAAAGCUCAAACGGCCAACUCCCGGUUUACUACACGAGCCACGUCCUCAAUGGCCCGGAGGAGCGAUACCCCCCGAUCGAGAAGUUGGCGCUCGCCCUUGUGCUAUCCGCCCGGAAAUUACGCCCCUAUUUCCAAGCCCACCCCGUGGAUGUAGUUACGGACCAACCACUUCGGCUGGUCCUGUCUAAGUUUGAUGUGGCAGGACGGCUUCUCAAAUGGGCAGUGGAGCUCGGCGAACAUGACAUUCGGUACGUACCCAGGACGGCCAUCAAAGCCCAGUCCGUGGCCGACUUCAUCGCGGAGUUGACCCAAGGCGAGAGCGGGAGCCUCGAACGACCCCCCGAGGCCUGGGUCUUGCACAUCGAUGGGUCAGCCAACUCAAAGGGUGCGGGCGUAGGGUUGGUGCUCCGAGCCCCCGACGGACGGUCAUUCGAGCGUUCCCUCCGCUUUGGGUUUCGCGCCACUAAUAACGAAGCGGAGUACGAGGCACUCCUGGCGGGACUCAGGUUGGCCCUCGAGAUGCAGGUAGACUCCCUCCAUGUCCAUACAAAUUCCCAGCUGGUGGCCGAGCAACUCAGCGGAGGAUAUGAGGCUCGCGACCCGACCAUGGCAAGAUACCUGGCGCAGGUAAGGAACUUAACCGCGAAGUUCCUGCACUUUACAUUAUCUAAUGUCCCAAGGGUGGAGAACGAGCGCGCUGACGCGCUAGCUAAGCUAGCCUCAAAACCUGCCCCCGAUGUCGGGCCGGAAGUUGAGGAGCUACUUGCCCGUGCCUUCGAGAUCGCGGUCACGGCCACCAGCAGUGCGUCCUCUUGGGUACAAGAACUGCUGCGCUACAAACGGGACGGAACUCUCCCACCCGACAAGGCGACGGCCCGGCGCCUGCUCCGCACGCACGCGUGGUAA